CAAGCCUUUAUGCUUUCUGUCGUAUUCUCAUUAUUACAUAGUCCCAAUCUAUGUUUCUAUUUCUUCAAUCUUCGCCUGAGACCUCCCUUGACGCGAGCGCGCACACACGUACGCACAUACGGAUACAUACAGAUUAACAGUGACGUCUUCUCUCUUGCAUAACCCUUCUCAUCAAACCCUAAAUCUCUCUCUUUCAAUUUUGAAGCUUCGGUUGAGACACUUGUUCGCCAUUGGCGAUUCGUUCUCGAAGCACCGAUCGAAAGGUGGAGAAGUUUUUGGCUGUGUUUAAUAAAUCAAUACCUUGUUGAGAAGAAUGGAUUCUUGAUUUGAAGUCAGUGAAUAAGAAUGCAUUUCAAUUCGGAGAAGCUCUGAUCAUCCCAAUCAUGUGGUUUUCCUUCUGGAAAUCUAGAGAUCGUUUCUCUUUGGAUGAGCUCAGGUAGAUAUCUAACUGAUCAGUUGAUGAGGGUUCAACUUGUUAAUGAAGUUAACAAGGAUUUUGUCAUUGAGGCACUGAGAUCGAUUGCAGAGUUGUUAACUUAUGGAGACCAGCAUGAUUCGGCUUUUUUUGAGUAUUUCAUGGAGAAGCAGAUCAUGGGGGAGUUUGUACGUAUACUAAAGAUUAGUAGAACUGUUACUGUGUCUCUUCAGUUACUCCAAACAAUAAGUAUUAUGAUCCAGAACCUCAAAAGUGAACAUGCUAUCUAUUAUAUGUUCAGUAAUGAACAUAUUAACUACCUUAUUACUUAUUCCUUUGACUUCCGCAAUGAAGAGCUAUUGUCUUACUACAUAUCCUUUUUAAGAGCAAUUAGUGGAAAGUUGAACAGGAAUACAAUUUCUCUGCUUGUGAAGACGCAGAAUGAUGAAGUUGUAGCUUUUCCACUGUAUGUUGAGGCAAUACGAUUUGCUUUCCAUGAAGAGAGCAUGGUUCGAACAGCUGUACGUGCUUUGACACUCAAUGUUUAUCAUGUUGGAGAUGAAUGUGUGAAUAAAUAUGUCAGCAGCGCCCCUCAUGCAGAUUAUUUUUUGAACUUGGUUAAAUUUUUCCGAGAACAGUGCAUGAUUUUAAAUGCAUUGGUCUUGGAUGCUUCAAAGAACAGCGGUCCAGAAUCAACUCCUACCAUUUUUUCUGCUGUAGAUGAAAUUGAAGACAAUCUCUACUAUUUUAGUGAUGUUAUUUCUGCCGGGAUUCCUGAUGUUGGGAGGUUAAUAACAGGCAGCAUUUUGAAGCUUUUGAUUUUUCCGUUGCUUCUUCCUUCGUUGAGGAGGGAAGCAGUUGAUGGAAUGAAGAUUGGGCCCGUUACUUCUCUGUAUUUACUUUGUUGCAUUUUACGCAUAGUUAAAAUAAAAGAUUUGGCAAAUACUGUUGCUGCCACUCUUUUCUGUCCUCUAGAAGCUUUUAUUCCAUGUUCUGAAGCCAAACAAAAUGGCCAUGUAUCUGGUUAUGGUUUUCCUCAUGAAAACCAAAAGCCAGACAAUGACAAUCAUUGUCCCCCUAAGGUGCUUCAUGGAGGUUUAAUGGUUACCAUACAAAACUCAUCUAGUUCUUCAGAAACUCACUUGGAAGAUGAUGUCUUACAACAUCAUUUUAAUGGUUCACAGUCCGCUUUAAGGGAGGCUUUGCUUUCUUAUAUUACCAAUGGUGAUGAUGUUCAAGUUUUUGGUUCCUUGAGCAUGUUGGCUACAUUGUUACAAACGAAAGAACUGGAGGAAUCAAUGUUAGAUGCCCUUGGAAUUCUUCCACAACGCAAACAACAUAAAAAACUCUUGCUGCAAGCUUUGGUGGGUGAGGGCUCAGGUGAAGAGCAACUUUUUUCUUCGGAGAGUAGCUCAAUGAAAGAUGGAAUCGCUAGUGAACUAGAUAGCUAUUUACAAAAGCUAAAGGAUCAGUAUGGAUUGUCAUGUUCUUGUCCAGAAGUUGGAGUGAGCCCUCGUGUACACAGAUUUCAGGUGCUCGAUGCAUUGGUCCGUCUUUUCUGCCGGUCAAAUAUUUCUGCAGAAACGUUGUGGGAUGGUGGUUGGCUUUUUCGGCAGUUGCUUCCUUAUAAUGAAGCCCAAUUUAAUAGUCGUCAUCUCAAAUUGCUCAAAUCUCUUCGUGUACAGUGUUCAUAUAAGAACUGCACUAGUGAUCUUCUAGCAGAGGCUAGAGGAACCUGGCCCGACCUACUUAUAACAUUCCUUUGUGAUGAGUGGAGAAAGUGCAAAAGAGCAAUUGAGGCUUCAUCUCCUCGAAGAGAGCCCAAGUGUUCGCUAUUUCCAUCACGAAAGCCUUCUUUUGAAGAACCUAUUCCUGGUGAAUUGUCUUUUCCUGCUGGUGAGAGAAUGUGCGAGUUGGUGAAGGUGUUUGUACUUCUUCAUCAAGUCCAAAUUUUCUCCAUUGGUGGUGCUGUGCCUGAUCAACCCUGUAUCCACCCUGCGGUGGAUAUCCCUGAAAUGUCCCGUGCAAAAACUGCUGGUCUGGAUGCUUUUGGUCCAAAACAAGGUGCCGAAUUAAAACUUGCUGAUGCAGUGCCUUGUAGAAUUUCAUUUGAGAGGGGUAAAGAGCGCCAAUUUUGCUUUCUAGCAUUAUCUUUGGGAACAUCUGGGUGGGUUGUUCUUGCAGAAGAAUUACCUUUGAAACAGCAUUGUGGAGUUGUUCGUGUUACUGCACCUUUGGCUGGCUGUCAUCCAAGGAUUGAUGAUAAGCAUUCAAGAUGGUUGCACCUUCGGAUCCGUCCAUCCACUUUUCCUUCCAUAGAUACCGUUAAAUAUGCUGCUGCCAAAGGAAAGCCCAAGACAAAUGCUUUGGUUGAUGGGAGAUGGACCUUGGCAUUUAGGGAUGAGGAUUCUUGCAAAUCUGCUUUGUCCAUGAUUAUUGAGGAGUUAAAUUUACAGAGCAAUGAGGUGGAGAGAAGACUACAACCUUUACUCGACCUUGAAAUGGCUGUAGAUUUAUCAAACCCUUCUCUGUCCUCACAGCAGGUUUCUUCUUCGAGAACAACAUUGUCAAAUUCUGUGUAAGUUAUUUUAGUCUUUUCAAGUUUCCCGAUAAUAUUUUGCUUUGACAUAUGGGGUGGGAAUAUCCUUUGUGAAACCACCCUUGUGUAUAUGUAUUUGUUUAUACAAGGCAACCCUAGGUACACAAAUGUAGAUUUAGAGCAUGCAUGCAUUUUUAAGGGCCAAUUUUUUGUAUAUUAGCUUCUUUUUUUUUUAUAAUUUUUUUUUUUCAUUUCACUUGUUUUUGUAAGUUUAGCAUUUGUCUUUGCCGCCUCAUUCUUUUAUAGCUUAACCAAGGUGGUUCUUUUUUCUCUUUGUACUUUGUAACCCGGGUAACAUUAAAAUGUAUACUUAAGCUGAAGCAAAAGUUGUAAGUUUUUCGUGCA